AUGGGUCUUUAUGUUUUCUGCUUUAUCGCAGGAGUAAUUAUCUUUGGUCUGGUAAAAAUGAUUUUGCCGCCAUGGAACUUUCCCCGAAAUAUUCCAACGAUUCCAUUCUAUGUCACUUUUCUGGCUACCGUAUGGGACGUUGAUCAAGAAGACAUCUUCAACAUGUACCUUCGCGGACCCCUAGAGAAACAUGGGGCAGUGAAACUUUAUUUUGGUUCGCGCUGGAAUAUUGUUGUAUCGCGACCUGAACUGCUAGCUCAGGUGUUCAAGGACGAGGACACGUUUGCUAAAAGCGGUAACCAUAUAAAAAUUCCUUACGGUGUGAUUGCUGCUUAUACAGGCGAAAAUGUUAUCUCCGCCCACGGUUCUAUUUGGAGAUCUUUCCGCAAGGCAAUGACACCUGGACUUCAGUUUUUUGACCACAGUCCGAUGAUAAAGAAUGCAAACAUAUUCUGCUCAUUAAUUUUCAAGCAGUUAACUACGUUUGAAAUGUCAAGUAUCGAUAGCUCAAAUUCACCUCUAAAUGAGAAAGAGAAUCUCGAUCCGGCUUUUCCCCCAACCGGCAUCGUUACUAUGCCAGAACUUAUCCAAAGAUUGAGUCUUGCAAAUAUUUCUGAAGUAGCAUUAGGAUUCGAUGUUGGCACCUUAACAAAAGAUAAUUCUGAGAUUCAUCUCAAAUUAAAAAUUGUCAAAAGUAAUAUUUUUAAGUCCUUGUACUUGAAUUUUCCGAUGUUAGACCUUCUGCCUAUUCCUUCGCGGCAGCGUGCACGAAGAUAUGUUGAGGAAUUCAGAAGAUGUCUGAUGGACGCUGUUAGAUCUAAUUUGGUCGACAAUUACAAUUUUGAACAGACGUCGUUUGCUUCUUCUGAUUUAAUUAGAAGCUUUCAUCGCGAAGAAAUAUCAGAGAAGCAGCUCAUCGAUAACAUCGUAAUCGUUAUGGUUGCGGGCCACGAAAAUCCGCAGCUCCUGUUGACAACUUGUUUCUACUUGUUUGCUAAGCACAAAAAGUGGCAGGAACUGGUUCGAGCAGAGGUACUUGAUCAUGAUGUGGAAAAACUUGGUGAGCUCCCUCUAUUAAACAGCUUUAUUUUUGAAUGUGUUCGGCUGUAUCCCCCUCUAUCACAAAUAAUCAACCGUUGCACCACUAAGAAAUGCGUCCUUGGAACUGAUGUGAUAUUGCCCAAAAAUGUUUACGUUGGGUAUAAUGUUAUUUCCACUGGGAGGUAUAGAGCUGCUUGGGGUGAUACCGCCGAAAAGUUCAGGCCAGAGCGAUGGGGCGCUAGCAUUGACGAUAUUAUGAACGAAUGGAGACAUAGAAAGAACACUUGUGCUAUGAGUGCAUUUCACGGGGGGCGUCGGGCAUGUCUAGGAGAAAAGCUUGCCUUGAUGGAGGUACGCAUUGCUAUGGCAGCCGUUCUCAAACGAUUUGAAUGGACUCUAGCUCCAGAUUGGGUUGAUAAAGUUACUCCUGCCGGGCCAUUGUGUCCAGCUGGUUUGAAGCUGAGCUUCACGGAGUUGAUUUCGAGAGACUAA